GCCGCCGACCGGCGGACCGCGGACAGCAGUGUGCAACCAGCAACGGCGCCGAUGCACCGCGUCUGUCACCACUCGCACGCCGAUCCGCGCCGCGCCGACUCGCCGGCUUUUCCGUUGCUGUCCGCGCGUUCAAAUCGCCGCCGUCGCYGAGUCAUGAGACGUCAACACCGUCCGACCGACAGCAGUUGCACGACGACUCGCGACCACCGCGACAAUAAUUAAUUAAUACUGUAAUAUUUAUUAUCAUAUAGGUACCGAUAAUCGGAUAUCCGGACUCCGCGAACUUUUACCGCGUAAAUCGCGACGACAUCCAUCUUUGCUGUAAUAAUUCACCGGAUAAAUUUAUUAUACUAAGACGCAGAGAGUCACGCCGCCGCCGUCUCGAUGAACGUCAAAAAGCAACAGAUGCAACUGCAGCUGCAACUGCAACAACCACAACGGCGGCACGAUCGCACCGGGUUCGAGGCCCUAUUAGAUCAACCAGUGCCGGUGACCGAGACCUCACCCUCGUCCGGCGGGACGUCGCCGUGGUCGACCGGCGUCACGGACAUGGCAGGUCGGUACGAUCAUCCGCACCACCGCCUGGGUCCGUCAACCACCGGCGCCGGACGGUCGGACGUACUCCAAGACCUCACCAGUUCGCCGACCGAAGCCGAUGACGCCACUGUCGCCGCCAACGCCGCUCGUCCCGGAUGCCCGCAGGACGAAGCGGUUACUACCCCACCGCCGCCAUCGCCUUUGUCAUUACCCAGCCCUUACUACGACAGGAAUCCCGUCAUAGGUUUCCCGGUGUAUCAUCAUCACCAUCAUCACCAUCAUGUCCCCAAGUCUCCGCCGCCGAUCACCGCUACCGUACCGCUGGGMAACGUGCAAAACGUUGUGUACGCCACCGGCGAUCAGGACCACAACGAUCUGCUCUACGCGAACAGCUCUAAAUACUACUACCAGCGGCACAACUACAAGUCGGCAAGUUUGACAGAUGGGCGGGACGACGACAAGGAAAACAUCAAGCAACGGGACACCGCCGAGUGUCUGCAACAGCAGUUGGACGAAGUAUUGCAGGCGUGCGUGGACUACGAAGAGCGGCACAAAAGCCGGCAACAGGCACAGACUGAAAGUUCUGGAAACACUUCGCCAGGCACAGCGGCUCAGUCGACGACCUGCACGUCACCGCAUCAAAACCGAAUCAAAACAAACGGUUCCCUCCCGCGAGAUAGCAAGAAAUCUUCCACAGAAACGUCUUCACCCACGUCACCUUUAUCACCGCUGACAUCGCCACUAUCGCCAAUGACAUCGCCACUGUCCCCAUCAUCGACCUGGCCGUCCGUGGCUACACCGUCUCCUCCUACGAUGUCCCCGUUGUCAUUGCGCACGACCGGCGGAGACAAUGACUCGGUAUUUUUGGAAAAUGACCAUCUUCCGACGUCACCCGCAACUUGCGGAAGUCCCAGGACUAGAAUAAAAACGCUUGUCUCGACGUCUUGUGCGACGACUACUGAAGAUUUAUACUGCAACAGUGACAACAAGGACCAUCAACUCGGUCAGAGUCAGAUCAAUGGGCACGAAAAUUCCGACGCCGGUUUCAAAACGUCACCGACCUCUGCAGCAGAUAACCACACGUCGAAAUCGCCGGACCGGCCAUUGCAACAAACGCAGCUGCAGUUAUUGCAGUCACCAUUACCUAAAUCAACACCGCCGCCUUCGUGGCAGACGACGACGACGUGGCUGCGUUCGUCACCGUUUGCAGUGGAUUCCAAAAACGGUGGCACGACGACAACUUCGACAAUUUCGUUCGCUGCUGCCGACAGGGUGGCUGAGGCGGCUGAACAACGUCGGAAGCUGCUCGUUGAAUUGUCCGCGCACAAGUCCCGACUGGUGGAGUUGCACUUGCGACGCGAAGAAGUCGACCGGUUACGGAAGCGGUUAGAAUCGAUCGAAGACAACGACGUGCUGAAAUCUGAAAUACGUGCUUCCAUCGACAAACAGACGGAACURUUGGAUGCUGAACAAAAGCUAUACGAAGAUGUAGAAUUCGGAUUGCUCGAAGAGGAGGCAGGAUGGUUGGCUCGCAGGGAAGAGUUACACAGGGAUCGGGCCGCGGCCGUGGCGGUCAGGCGGGCACGACGAGCUCGCGCCGAGUGGUUACGCGCGCAGCUCGAUCAGCUGCGAAGCGUUGGCGAUGACCAGCUACGAGCACUACGGGCUGACAUCAAUGCAGCUACAUUGUCCAUCCAACAGGUAUUUCAAGCUCACGACAUUCAGGAAGUGUACGUCGACCACACGAACAGCACCAAGGGGCAAGGAUGCGCAUUCGUGGUAAAGACCGCCCAGCGGACGUUCUACCUGUCGGCGGCGACUGGCCAAGCGGUCCGAGUGUGGGUGGACGUCAUAUUCACCGGCGCCGAAGGGUACCGAGAAUAUCUGAAAGAUUCGACCCCCGAUGGUGGAAUCGGAUUUGAUCGUCGAUGAACUCAGCAAACAAAAUCCUAACUUGCCCCGUGUCUGCGGGCUAAUUAUAUUUAUUUUUAUUUUUAUACGAGGCCGUCUAAUACCGCUGUGUAUAUUUUUUUUUUUUCACCAAAUGUAGUUUUAUCCAUUGUACCUACCAUUAAAUUAUACUUGCAUUUCAAUGAUUGACGAGACUGUAAAAUGUGCGGUUGAUAGUGUAAUAGUGUAUAUUUAAACAAAACCGAAUGUUAUUAACUUUGAAGUGGCUGUUGCGAACAAUUUCAUCUAUAGACUGGAUAUAAUAAAUAUCAAAUUGUACACCUACAUAAUUAUAUAUACGUCAUAUGUGUGUGCAUAAAUAUAUAAAUAUAA